AGUAUCCAUCCCAGAACGGACCCACCAGUGGUGCACUGAGUGACAGAGAGAUAGAACAUAGAGUUGUGUUUCAGUGACAGAGCUGAAUCUACAGCUGACAAGAAGAACAGAGAGCUCUGCACCUCAUCAGCACUUCUAGUAACAAUGGAAGUAGUUCUUACCAGACUGAGAGAUUUCUCCUGUAAAGAAACUUCUUUCGAUCACUGUAAAGCAGCAGUAAUGUGCAGGGAGCAUCCCUCAUCCCAGGAAGUGCGCAGUGGGAAGUGUAUGGCUGGAGAGGGGGACAUUGAGACUGCACUGGUUUGGUUGAGGAAGGAGCUGAUGGAGAUGCGCUCUCAGGACCAAGCUUUGAUUCGCCAGCUGAUGGAUCUCCAUGACGGCAUUCAGGAACUGAAGCAGGAGUGUGCAAAAGCCAUAGAAGAAGAGGAAGAGGAGGAAGAGGAAACUUGUUGGGACUCUGGGAGUGAGGGUGGGCGAAGCAGCAGUAUUUCCUCCUUCUCUGGAGAAAUGAGCUUUUACACUUCCAUCUACUCCUUUAGCACAUGUAUGAGCCCCGCUUCUCUUGCAGCCUACACACCCAAGCAGGCCUUUAGUAGACGCAGAUCUGUGCCCUGAAACCUCCAGUUCAGAUCACAUGUGCUUGA